AUGGCUGACAGCCAGUCUGUCGACAUCAAGGUGCAGGGAUCUCGUGCUGAACAUAUCGAACGGGAUGUCGCCAAGGUCGUCCACGCCGACGGGACUGUCGACUACAUCGAUGCCCGUGCCAUUGGUGGUGAUUCCGAGAAUCUUCCCAAGGGUUAUUUCCGUAGUCCCCAGUUCAUUGGCACUGUUGUGGCGCAAUGUCUGGCUUCCACAAUUGCGUACCUGGGCUGGGUGUUGCCAGCCAACACUCUGACUAUCAUCAACGCCGACCUUGGGAACUCGCCAAAUAUCAGCUGGGUUGCCACCAUCUGGACACUCUCGAGCUGCAUUGGCUUCCUCCUCGUCGGCCGCCUGUCGGACAUAUUCGGCCGCAAAUGGGUCGUCAUGGGGACAACGGGCCUCUCGAUCAUCGGCUGCAUCAUCGGCGCAUGUGCCCGCAACGUCGAGAUGUUGAUCGGAGCCAAUGCUUGCAACGGCCUCUCGGCUGCUGGCCAGCUCUCCUUCGGCAUCUUCCUAGGCGAGCUUGUCCCGAACAAGUACCGUGGGCCCAUCGUCACCGUCGUCUUCCUCUCGUCCCUCCCGUUCGCCGUCUUCGGCCCCGUCAUUGCUCGGCUGCUGAUCCAGAACACGGCCGCUGGCUGGAGGUGGAGUUACUACAUCGGGAUCAUACUCGGUGUAAUCACAGGCGUCCUGUACCAUUUCUUCUACCAUCCGCCGACCUAUGAUCAGCUCCACGUGCACGGAAAGACGAAAUGGCAGAUGUUCAAGGAGCUGGACUUUAUUGGCAUCUUCCUCUUCAUUUCCGGCUGUGUCCUCUUCCUGAUUGGCCUGUCCUGGGGGGGGCUCGCCUACCCCUGGGUCAGCGCCCCAACAUUGUGCACCCUUUUGCUCGGCAUCACGACGCUGGCCGGCUUCGCCCUCUAUGAGGGAUUGGUCUGCAAGACGCAACCGUUCAUGCCUCCGCGACUCUUCAAGAACAUCGGUUUCGUUGCCAUUAUCGUUAUCGCUACGAUCGGGUCUAUGGUCUAUUACUCGCUCACCAUAUUGUGGCCAACCAUCAUCGGGACCGUCUACACCACCGACUCCAUCAAGAUCGGUCUCCAGAGCUCCGUCGUGGGCGGCGGCGUCCUCUUGGGCCAGGCGUUCGGCGGCAUGGCCAUCUCGUUUGUGCCCAGGCUCAAGAUCCAGGCCGUCGUCGCCGCCUGCAUGGCCAUGGCGUUCAUCACCCCGCUCGUGACCCUAACCCCUGAUUCGUGGGCUAUGACAAUAGCCCUGGGCACGCUGGGCUGCAUCGCCAUCGGCUACAUCGAGAACAUCUCCUUCCCAGGCGUGACCCUGGUACUGGAGCCCCAAGACAUCGGCCUUGCGACGGGGGUCCUGGGCUCGAUCCGCGGCAUGGGCGGGGCGGUGGCGCAGGCGCUGUACGUGUCGGUGCUGCAGAACGAGCUGAAGAAGAACAUACCCGCGUUCGUGUCCCCGGCGGCCACGGAGGCCGGGCUGCCGGAGUCGUCGCUGGCGGCGCUGCUGGCGGCGGCGGCGGGCGGGGCGGGGUUCGACGACGUUCCCGGCGCGACCGAGGGGGUCGUCGCGGCUGUCGCGGAGGCGCUCAAGACGGCGCACGUGCGAAGCUUCAGGAUGGUGUUCCUCUGCACUAUCCCCUUCAGCGUCAUCCUUAUCGUCGCUAGCUUCUUCGUGCCGAAUAUGGAGAAAUUCCUGCACAAUAAUGUCGCGAAGAGACUGCAGGGUAAGGGCCAUAUGGGCGAUGAUGCCCCUGUCCCAGCCGCGGCCCCGACCUCGGUGGGCGCGGCGGAGGGGGAGGUGCGGGAGAAGACGGCCGAGACGGUGGGUGUCUGA